AUUUUGAGAUGGAAAAAAAUAAGCCUUUUAUAAUAAAAAAGCGAGAAGGGGAUUCUUUGUUACCUCCAGAUUGUGAAGAAUUCAAUGAUGCAAUUGAGGAUAAAAUUAGAUUUUUGCAAAGUUCAAAUAUUUUCAUUAUUGUAAGCUAACUAUAUCAUAAUCUUUAGUGUGCAUUCAUAUAUUAGUGUAUAAGAUUUCUAUACUAUUUCUUUCAUUAUAGAACAACAUGUUAAACAUAUGCGAUAUUAUGCUUAGUGAUAAUUGGUGGAAAUAUUUUCUGGAUUGCAAGUUCAACCUAUGGAUUUCUUGGGAUUAAUUCAAAAUCAUCAUCAGAAAUAGGAAAAUAUUUAUGUUUGACUUCAGCAGUCUUAGCUAUUAGAUUAGUAACAUACUUUUUAGUAUGGGCUCUUAUGCAAGGAUAUGCAUAACAAUAUAAUUUUUUAUCCAAAACUAGAUUGUUAUAAGAGAAUGUAACCAAUCCUCCAACUUAAAUUACUGAUGAUUAGAAGUAAGAAAUUAUUUGUGGAUAACUUUAUCAAGGAACUUUAAUGAUGGUUUAAGCUAUUAUUGAAACUAUCUUUUUAGGAAUCAUUAUCUAUUUUGUAUUGUAAGUCAAAAAGUAUAUAGCAAGUAAAUUUCUUAUUAAUUACUUAGACUAUGAAAGCAAUUAACAAAAAAAAUAAAGGAAUUGGAAUCUUUAAGCUUCCAUUGUUUGA